AUCUACACUGAUCAUCAGGGCAUUGAUGAUCAGUGUAGCCCCAUCAGUGCCACCUGUCAGUGUCCAUCAAUGCCACCUGUAAUUGCCCAUCAAUGCCAUCUACCAGUGCACAUCAAUGCCACAUACCAGUGCCCAUCAGAGCUGCCUUUCAGUGCCAACUCAGUGCCGGCAAUCAGUGCCACCUAAAGUUGCCGCCUAAUAGUUCUUAUCAGUGCCAGUCAGUGCCAUAUAUGAAUGCUGCCUUUCAGUGCCCACAAGUGAUGCCUGUCAAUGCCCAUCAGUGCCUCCUCAUCAGUGCCACCUAUCAGUGCUUAUCACUGCAGCCUCAUUAGCGCACAUCAUCGAAGGAGAAAAAUUACUUAUUUACAAAAUUUUAUAA